AUAGAGGUUUGGGGAGGCAGAGGUGGGGGGGUUGGAGGGGCAUGCGUCAAGAUUCGUGCUCGAUGGCCUCGGCCAUGGAGGAGGAACGGGAGGGUAGGAAGAGCGAGAAGGUCUUGAAGUUAUUCGGAGUCAGUAUUGUCCGAGGAGAGGUGGGAGGCAUGGAGGAGGCCGCCGAUGGCGAGGCCGACGCGGAGGAGGAGGAGGUGAUGAGGAAGAGCUCCAGCAUGGGCAACCUGGCCUCAUGCGCCACCGUGCCUUUGGUCAUCGAUCAUGGCGCCGGCGACCAGGGGUACCACUCCGACGGUGCCAUCCUCCAGUCCGCCACCGGGAGGAGGAGGAGAUACCAGGAGCGAAAGAGAGAUUCAAUGCAUCUGAGAUGCUGGAGAGGAGCAGGAAUCGGCGAGAUCAUAUUUGCAGGGGAUUCCAUCAGCAGAAACCAGUGGGAGUCCUUCCUGUGCAUGCUGGCCAAAGCUGUGCAGAACAAGUCCAGCAUCAAGCACAAAGGCUUCCUGUCCAUAGUCUUCCAUUGCUUGUCGUCGUAUCGGGAUGCGUCUUCGCUUAUCUUGUGAAAGCAGAGGAUCAUGGAAUCCGAAUAGUUAAAAGUCUUCUUCCGCAACCAUCUCUUUCUCUAGUCUUACCUUACCAAAAAGAAAUCAGUCAUGGAUCAUCGAGAAGAACAGAUCUCUAUAGAAGAUCACUUAUCACCUUCAAACUUUAGCAGAGCAUUGUUCAUUAUCAAAAUCAGCAGUUAAUUGUCAUGCUGGGUGCAAGACAUCAAUGUCCAAUGUGGUUAUGUCAAUCUGCAUGAUGUUGGUCUUGCUCUUCUUGGCACCUCUCUUCAACUACACUCCCCUGCUGGCUCUAUCUGCCAUCAUUGCUGUUGCCAUGAUUGGGCUUAUCGAGUAUGAAGAAGCUUAUCGCCUCUUCGAGGUGGACAAAUUUGACUUGUUAAUCUGCAUGUCUGCAUUCUUUUUCUACAUUUAUGGUGAUGUAUUUUGACUGUUAAUGUUCUCCUAUCGACUAUUUGUAGGAGUUUGAUAGUCUUUAUUGUCUUCUCCAAAGAUUAAUAAAAUUAUAAAAAUAUUUAAUAUUUUUUUUAUCAUUUUGUUCAACUA